GGGAGGAAGAGGGAGAAUGCACGGAGUCUGGGUAACACUUCCACGCUUGUAUCCAGGGCCUUUGUGAAUACACCAUGGGAUGCAUCGGCUCCAGGAGACUGACGGGAGAUGGCGUGCCAGUCCAGAAGGAUGGGGAGCAGCUGUCUAUGGAAGACACCACGUCAAUCCUGCCUCGGCUCAAGAGGAACUCAAACGCCUACGGCAUCGGCGCUCUGGCUAAGUCUUCUCUGUCAGGUGUGUCAGGUGUUAGUCGCACGAUGAAGGAGAGAGUGACCAAGCCCACAGCCAUGGCCCAGGGUCGUGUUGCUCACAUGAUCGAAUGGCAAAACUGGGGCAUGCAGACGGUGGGCGCAGGGGGCAUUCCCCAGUCCCGCAUCACCACCCAGGAGCGGGAGAAAGAGCGGCGGCUGGAGAACGACGCUUACAGUGACCUCAGUGAUGGAGAGAAGGAGGCUCGUUUCACUGCAGGUAUCCUGCAGCAGUUUGCUAUCUCCGAGGCGACACUCCUGGCCUGGUCGUCGAUGGAUGGAGAGAGCCCGCGGUCAGGCUCAAACCAGGGCAGUGUGGCUCAUUUGAGUGAAGUCAACCAGGAGAGCAUCACCAGCCGAGAUCAGAUAUUGCACCACUCCUCAGCAGAGGUGUGGCCUCACACUUACGUCUCCCAGGGCCAUUACUGCCUCUCCUCCUCUGAUGCCUGGGAGCCAAUCAACAAUGAUCCCUCCGGCGUGGCGUCUCCCCCUGCUGGCUCCUACGUUAUGGGGACUGAAGGGUACGACGGGCAGGCAGCAGCUCACUUCCUGUCACAGCAACAGCAGCAGCAGUUCACCCUCCAGCAGCAGAGUCAACUACAACAGCUGCAGCAGAUCCAACAGAUCCAGCACUACCAGCAACAGCAGCUCCUGCAGUAUCAGCAACAACAGUCGCUGGAGCACAGGCUGCACAGUGCCAACCACUCUUUGCAAGCAACGCCCAACAGCACCAUCCACAGUCUGGUCCAUCCUGCUCACCCACCAUUGGUCGAUCUGUGGAACACGGGGCAGAUGGAGGCCUAUCAGACGGACGCUGGAGGCUACAUGGGUGUGGCGGCGGUGGUGGAGCCGAGCCUCUGUGUUCCCUCUGGAGAGGAGAUGGUGGGAACAGAACACUCCCCGCUACUGGAGCAGCAGGAGGAGGAGGAGGAGGUCAAGGAGGAUGAGGUGGCACUGUGUAUGGAGCCAGAGUUGGCCUCGUUGACUCCGCCCACGCAACAAGGGGAUGCCUCUGGUGGCAGUAGUCCAGGGCAACCGCCGGCAGAGCCAAUCACAGAGCGGAAGUCCUCAGAUGUCACCUCCGGCCUCGUUCAGACGCUAGAGGGGAAGGAGGAGGAGGAGGGGCAGGGGCCAGCCGCUUCCAUCGCAACCAACUGAGUACCUGGCUGUGAAGAGACUCCUUAUUACAAACUGAGCUGAGGGGGAGUCAGCGAAGAAUGAGCGUAAUAAUACAAUAUAUAUCUAUUAAUCUGUUCCUUUUCAGGUAUCAAAAACUUUUUGGUUGCGAGACGAAUUCUUCAAAAAUGGUGAGAAACAGAUCUGGAGGUGGACUCACAAUGAGACAGGAGCCGAUGCAACAAAGGACACCAAUUUCUUUGUAAGCCUUACAUCCCAAAGGUAACUGAAGAGAGGACGGAGACACUAAAGAGGAGAAGGAGGAGCACCAACUGACCAAGACAUUUCCAUCAGGAAACCAUGUUGAGAGGAAGAGGAGGGGGAAGUAAACAUGCAUGCUUUUAAUGAAGACAAGCAACUCGACCCCGUCAUCGUCUUAUAAUAAUAAGGAAUCAUAAUAAAAACAUUAUAAUAAGAAUAAUUUUGUAAUAAAGCCACAAAAAAGGACAAAAAAGAACAAAUCUAUGUAUAAGUGUAUGAUAAGAUAUAACAGUUUUCCUGCGGGAGAACUACUCUGUUUACAGCUGUUACUCAACAUAUUAGAUAGUGUUUAAUCAAUUAAUUUCCCUGUCGCAUCCAACACACACUUUAAAUAUGGAAAACUAUUUCACGUGUAAUUAAAGAAGAAAAUGUCAGCAUUUCAGUGAAAUGCAGACUGACCCCCAAAAAUAAUCUAUGACGGUGUGGCACCAGGAUGCCCGAGGCACAACCCAGGGGCAGGCCUGUCCUGCUGACUGCACACACUAAACUGCACAGAUAAGGAUUGUACUGUAAGAUAGUGUGCUUCCUACUCUGUCUCUCUGUAUGCAUGUUUCUUCAGAGCACUAUGGAGUACCUGUACUAUACAGCACUGUAUAGACUUUGCACUGAACCAUAGUAUCCCAGGUGGGGCCACAGUGGGCCCGGGGCGGUGAGUUUCAAUGACGAAGAAAUAAAGACAGAGCUGCAUGAGCGAAUCUCUUUUGCACUGAUGCAAUCCAACAGAUCAGAGGUUGCCUUUGGACUGUUGACGUUCACCCGGUUUCCACUCUGAAAGCUUUCCACCGACAACCAAAACCGAGCCACUUAACAACACAGACCCUCAGCUGCUGUUUUUCUUUUUUUUUUGUUUUUUUUUUUUGCUCUCUCCGUAGAGGUAGUGACGUUAAAUCGAGGAUGAUAACCACUAUUUGAAUGUACUGGAAGACAGAUGGCAGUACAUGUUUUUUGAUGUCUCCUCGUGGUGGGAAAGAGUCUUUCUUCAGAAAACAAAGAUAAACAAGCGAGUCUUUCAAACAUGUGGGAGGGAGCUGUCGAAAAAAAAGGAUUCACUGCUGGCUCCACCACACACACACACACACACACACACACA